AUGACUACCCCAAACAAGACACCACCUGGUGCUGAUCCAAAGCAGUUAGAGAGGACUGGUACUGUUAGAGAAAUAGGCUCACAAGCAGUUUGGUCUCUUUCAUCCUGUAAGCCAGGAUUUGGAGUGGAUCAGUUACGAGAUGAUAAUCUAGAAACUUACUGGCAGUCAGAUGGAUCACAGCCUCAUUUGGUGAACAUCCAAUUUAGAAGAAAAACAACAGUGAAGACAUUAUGUAUUUAUGCAGACUACAAAUCUGAUGAAAGUUAUACUCCAAGCAAAAUCUCUGUCAGAGUAGGAAAUAAUUUUCAUAAUCUCCAGGAAAUCCGGCAACUUGAAUUAGUGGAACCAAGUGGCUGGAUUCAUGUUCCUUUAACAGAUACUCAUAAGAAGCCUAUUCGCACGUUUAUGAUUCAGAUUGCUGUUCUAGCUAAUCACCAAAAUGGAAGAGACACUCACAUGAGACAAAUCAAAGUGUACACCCCAGUGGAAGAGAGCUCUAUUGGUAAAUUUCCUAGAUGUACAACAAUUGAUUUCAUGAUGUAUCGCUCCAUAAGAUAA